ACCCGAAGUUCAAUCAUUUGUUGGGAUAACAAUAUAAUUUUACAAAAACGUGGUUUUGUGAUUAUUGUCAGACUUCCCCAAGCAUUUCGAGUGUUACAUAUUAAAUUUCAACAAUAAUAUAUAUUCGCAUGUAUAUUUAAUUUAUUGUAAUUGAUUAAUAAUUUAAUUUUUAAGAAAUGGAUACUGAAAUUGUUGAAGGACAGUUUAGUGAUGCUGAAGAGGACACGAUAAUGUUGGAUAAUACAAAUGGAAAACCAUUUAAUGUGACUGCUAAUAUAUCAAAAUUAGACAUCACAGAAGAAGAUCUAGAAACGUUCGAUGAAGCUGACGAUAUAAACGAUGAUGAUUGGGAUGUUGAUUAUGAUGAGGAUGGUCAAAAAGGUCAAAUAAAGAAUUCAAAUCAAAGUAGAAAUAGUCAAGGAGUUUCAAAUAAAAUAACAAGCUAUCAGCCAAUAGAUAAACUACUUCGUCGGUACGCAAAUAAAAUAAAUGUUGAAAAAUAUGAAGGACUAUCAUUGCCACAUGGUGCAGCAAAUGUUCUCAAUGAAACAAAUAAAAAAAUAGAUAAUCAACGUAUCAGAAAUAAGGAUAAACAUGAUCGUGCUACAGUUGAACAAGUUUUAGAUCCCAGAACUCGGUUGAUUUUAUUUAAAAUGUUGAAUCAUGGGUUUAUAAAUUUAAUUGAUGGUUGUAUUUCUACGGGAAAAGAAGCUAAUGUUUAUUGGGGUCAAUCAAAAACAGGCAUUGAAUUAGCUAUUAAAAUUUACAAAACGUCUAUUCUUCAAUUUAAAGAUCGAGAUAAAUAUGUUACUGGUGAAUUUAGAUUUCGUCAUGGAUAUUGUCGUCGAAAUCCACGAAAAAUGGUACAAAUGUGGGCAGAAAAAGAAUUUAGAAAUUUAACAAGAUUAAUUAAAAAUGGAAUAUCAGCACCAAAUCCUAUUUAUUUACGUGGCAAUGUACUUCUCAUGGACUUUAUUGGAACUGAUCGUUGGCCAGCACCAAAACUUAAAGAUGCUGUAUUAAAAUCAUCAAAACCAAGAAAACUUUAUAGAGAAUGCAUUGAAAUGAUGUGGCGAAUGUACAAUAAAUCUCGACUUGUUCAUGCUGAUUUAAGUGAAUAUAAUUUAUUAUAUUUCAAUGAUUCAAUUGUUGUAAUUGAUGUUUCUCAAGCAGUUGAACACGAUCAUCCUAUGGCUUUUGAAUUUUUAAGAAAAGAUAUUGCAAACAUCACAGAAUUCUUCCGAAAAAGUGACGUAGCUGUGAUGACUGUUCAACAAUUAUUUGAAUUUAUAACUGAUCUUACAGUUACUGAAGAUAACAUGGAUGAUUAUUUAGACGCCGUAGCCGAAAGCGUUUUAAAUAAUCAAGAAUUUAUUGAUCCUACAAAAAUUAUUGAGGAUGAAGUUUUUAAACAAGCUUAUAUUCCCCAAAAUCUUAACCAAGUCGUUGAUAUUGAACGUGAUAUUGAUCUUGCGAAAUCCGGAAAAAAUGAUUUAAUUUAUAAGACAUUAGUUGGAUUGAAAUCCGAUCUUCAAACUGCCAAAAUUCCAAAAAUUCUUGAGGAUAAAAAUAAAAAUGAAGAAUCAAGUAAUGAUGAAAUUCCUGAUUGUAACGAAGAAUCAGAUAAUUCAGAAGAAACUUCUGAUGAUGAAAGUUCUAAUGAUGAAGAUGAAAAUGAUGAUAAUGCUGAUGCGAAUGAUGAAUUUAAAAGACGAAAAGAUGAAACACCUGAAGAAAAAAAGGCUCGAAAGAAGAAAGUAAAAGACAUGCAAGCAGAAAAGCGAAAAGUUAAAGUAAAAAAACAUGUGAAGAAAAGGAAAGAACGUUUGGCGAAAAAAAAAUGAAUUAUAAUAACAAUCUGCAAUUAUAUGAAUGUAU